AUGGCUUCAGAGAAAGCAAGAAGGGAAAAUGUUCAUCCUGCUAUUGAUUUGGAGGGCUUGAGUUCUCUAGUGGAAUGCAGCAACAGCAAAAAGAUAGUGACACACAAAGGGGCAAACAUUCUACAUUCUUCUCAUGUUGAUCAAGGAAUUAGAGGAGAGGGGUUAGGAGGUGUGCAAAUUGAAUUACAUGGACAAGAACAAGAAGGUGCAGAGACAAAGAAAAACAGCGAAAUGCAAAGGAAAGAAGGCGAAGAAGGAAGAGUUCAUGGAGGAAUUCAUCCUGAAGAAGCUGGUACUAAGAAAAGAGCGGAGAGAAAAGCACCCGCGCUAGCACCACGUGCUGCGCCUGGAGAUCACUACAAAAAAGCAAAGGAUUUUGGGGCGUCAGUGUUACAUGAUGCAAAAGAAUCGGCUAGUCAGGGGCUUGGUGCUGCAAGAUAUUAUGCAACAGCACAUGCACAAGCCAAAAUUAAAGUUUGA